AAAAUCGGUUGCGAUCCCGAUGGUGUCCCGCAUUGGCAUCCCUCGCUCAACUCGCUAAUGCUGCCCUUGGAUUCCAGGAUCAUCCAUCGCUCUCGUCGAGCCCACCAAACCGUCGUCCGACAUCGACAUGCUCUUUCCCACCCAAGAUCAAGCCACAUACACUUCUCUCCUGUGCAUGACAUCACUGAUGGGCUCAGAGGACUACGCCAGCUGCUUCAAAAGCUCUUCGACACAGCCGGCCACGCACUCGCCGUCGUCGCCCCACCCGACUCUCCUUCCCGCCCCGUCUCCGUUCCCAUCAUGGAUACAAGAUCUCAACGACCCCAAUGAUUCUUCUGCCCCUGGGCUGAUUGCACCGCCCUCCCUCUCCGAAGCGAGCUAUCUGCUGUCGUCUCCUGGCUGGGAACACGAAUGGGACUCGCUAUCGAUGGGGCUGGCCCCUCGCUCCGAUGCUUGCACCUUGUCCCAGUCGAGUCCGCCGCCAUCAUCGCCUUCGUGCUCGCCGCCAGGCUCGUUCUCUGCGCCGCUUGGCGGGCACUAUGGUGGAGCAACAUGUCUGGACGUUUCGGAGCUUUUCGGAUCCGAUAUGCUCUAUCCGUUCCAAGAGCUCAAGGUCGAGAACCUCCCGUCGAUAGGCGAGCACCGGAUCGACGACGAGUGCUCAUCCGACCACACCCACGACUCCGACUCCACCAAGUCACUCGACUCUGACACGGUCUGCAGCAGUCCCUCGGAUUCUCGCCCGAGGGAUUUGACCAAGUUCGGUCUCUCUGGCCUCCCGACACCUCCGCCCUUUGACGACCAUGAUAUCUUUGACGCCAUGUACGAUUCAGACGAAGAAGCCUUGACCCCCGCCAGCUCCGCGCCAUUCUCAAAUCUCCAAUGCAUCUCGGCCGAUGAGUCCGAUGAUCUCGAGGCGGAGCUGGCAUCAACCCGGCCAUGCAUGAGUCUUGCCGGCCGCGAUUGCGCCUGCUGCGAGCCAGACCCAGACGGCCUUUCUGCUUGCGGUGCUGAGGCAUUCCGUUUGCCCGGAUCAGGCGACGAAGCUGCUGGCAAAUCAUCUGUGCUGUGUAGUCCCCGGCGGACGCUACGGCCCACCAUCUACGAGUCUUUCUCACAAUCCAGCAUUGACUGGUGCCGCUACUGUGGAGUGACCCAGUAUGCCCAGACUGCAGCCUUCCGCCCCGGCCCAUGGGGCAAGCGUACACUUUGCAACAAGCACGGAUGCGACUAUAAGGGCUACGGCUAUAUCGAGAAGGAGCCUCGACUGAACCUAAGCUCGUUUGCACACGAGGCCAUUGAGGAGCGCUGCCGGCCGAUUCUGCAAGAUUACUGCUCCGUCUGUUUUGGAAACGACUCUCGCAACUCGAACAUGAUCAUUCAGUGCGAUGGCUGCCCCCGUGCCUAUCAUGAAUAUUGCUAUGCUGGUGAUAUCCCGAAGAAUAUCGGAUCAGGCACAGCACCAUGGUACUGCGAGGAAGCAUGUCGAAGGCAUCCCCAGAGUGGAACCAUCAAAGUCGAGCUGCCGAAGCGGAAUCUGCCGUUCAUGAAGAUUGUGGGUCGAUCAUCGUCCGCCCUGCGCUCUGCUGCUCGAUCAAAUACCCGUAAGAGUGCCAAGGCAAAGAGUCAAAAGUGAUCUCGAGAGGCGCCUCUACCCAUCAUUCUGAAACUUUGAAGUCGGUGCAUAAUGACGCGAGGACAAGCCUGUAUGACGGCCAGCUGUCGCUUCCUGAAUAUAAGCAUGCGCGGUCAUCGGCCACCAUGAUCAUCCAC